AUGAAAGAUAAAGCAUUCAAAGAAAAAUCACUACAAAGAGAAGAUGUAAUCUUUCCUCAUGUAAAAGCAGAACAUAGAUGGGGUUACAAAGAUACUAAGUUUAUUCUUAAGGAUAACGGCAAGGUAACCGUAAGUGGUUCGCGCUAUCCUGUGUCAGGCUAUGAGAUGGCACGGCUUAUACCCUUUGCGAAUGAAGUAUUGCAACAUCCAUUUUCUGAUAUAAAAAGACCAGAAAUGGAGGUGCAGCUCCCCCCACCAAAAAGAAACAAGCUUUUUGUAUCUGAGCUGCAGAAAGAGCAUAAGAAUCGCCUAAGCUUUGAAGAUAAGGAAAGGCUUAUUCAUAGUCAUGGGCAAACUACUGCCGAUGAAGUAAUGAAGGUGCUGUACUGCGGUGGUAUGGAAAGGUAUGCUGAUGCGGUGUUUUAUUGCAUUGAGGAGGAAGAGGUAUUUUCUAUUGUAACACUAGCACAGAAGUACAAUGUAUGCCUUGUUCCCUACGGAGGAGGUACGAGCGUGUCUUCUUCUCUUACUCUUCCAACAAAUGAAAAACGUAUGAUAGUCGUUGUAGACACUUCUAGGCUUACAAAAAUACUCUCGCUAGAUACCAAUAACCAUUAUGUAACAGUCCAGUCAGGUAUUACGGGAGAAACACUAGAGCAAUUUCUUAAGAAAAGCGGAUACACAACCGGUCAUGAACCUGAUAGUAUAGAAUUUUCCACUGUAGGAGGGUGGAUUGCUACUAAUGCAAGCGGUAUGAAAAAAAAUAGAUAUGGAAAUAUAGAAGAUAUAGUAGAUAGAUUUACUAUGGUUACCCCAAAAGGAAUUAUUGAAUCUCAGCAUAUGUUUCCAAGAACCUCAUCAGGCAUGCAAAUAUCCCGUUUACUGUUUGGUAGCGAAGGAAAUGUAGGGAUAAUAACAAGAGCAACGUUAAAAAUUCGCAAAGUCCCAAAACAACAAGGAUACGAGUCUAUUAUUUUUAAGGACUUUUCCACUGGCAUACAAUUUCUAAAAGACAUGAAAGAUCUUCAGACGUACCCCGCAAGCAUACGAUUGAUGGACAAUAUACAGUUUCGCUUUGGGCAGGCACUUAAGGCAGAAGCAGGUUUUUUGAAAAAGAUAGUUCGUGCGUUGCAGAUUUUUAUACUUAAGGUACUUAAGCGAUUUAAUCUCAAGAAAAUGUCUGCAGCAACUAUUGUGUUUGAAGGAACAAAAGAAGAGGUAGUACACCAGAAAACGAUGAUGAAGAAGUUAGCGAAGAAGUACAAUGGUGUGUUUGGUGGGGGUUCAAACGGUAAACUCGGCUACGCACUUACAUACGCUAUUGCAUAUAUACGUGAUUUCUUUCUAGAUUAUUAUAUUCUUGGGGAAACAUAUGAAACCACAGUGCUGUGGAAUGAUAUAGAGAAAGUCUGUGAUGCAUUACAAAAGAAGCACUUAUAG